AUGUCUGCUCCCGCUGCCUUCUCCGACAUCGCCAAGGCGACCAACGAUCUCCUUAACAAGGACUUCUACCACGCCAGCCCGGCCAACCUUGAGGUUAAGUCCAAGGCUCCCAACGGUGUUACCUUCACCGUUAAGGGCAAGUCCGCCCACGAGGGUUCCAUCGCUGGCCAGCUCGAGGCCAAGUACGUUGAUGCGCCUACUGGUAAUAAACCCACCCGUUGCAAACCACCCGAUCCUGGCAUGCAGUUUUCGUAUUUUCUGGGUCUCACCCUGACCCAGGCUUGGACCACCGCCAAUGCUCUCGACACCAAGCUUGAGCUGGACAACAACAUCGCCAAGGGCCUCAAGGCUGAGAUCCUGACCCAGUACCAGCCCGCUAAGCAGUCCAAGGGUGCUAAGCUCAACCUUUACUUCAAGCAGCCCAACCUGCACGCCCGUGCUUUCUUCGACCUGCUUAACGGCCCCACUGCCAACCUUGACGCCGUUCUCGGCCACGAGGGCUUCCUCGUCGGUGCUGAGGGUGGUUACGAUGUCAACAAGGCUGCCAUCACCAAGUACUCCGCUGCCGUCGGUUACAGCGUUCCCCAGUACUCCGCUGCCAUCACCGCCAGCAACAACCUGUCUCUGUUCUCCGCCAGCUACUACCACCGCGUGAACGCUCAGGUCGAGGCCGGUGCCAAGGCUUCCUGGGACUCCAAGUCCGGCAACGCUGUCGGUCUUGAGGUUGCCAGCAAGUACCGCCUGGACCCCUCCUCCUUCGCCAAGGCCAAGAUCAACGACCGUGGUGUCGCCGCUUUGGCUUACAACGUUCUCCUCCGCCCCGGUGUCACUCUCGGCCUCGGUGCCUCUUUCGAUACCCAGAACCUGAACCAGGCUGCCCACAAGGUUGGCGCCAGCUUCACCUUCGAGGCUUAA